AUGAAAUUCAUCCGUAUGGGAAAAGGCACCCUGUGCAGGACCAAGCCCACGGACCUGGUGUUCAUCAUCGACAGCUCGCGCAGCGUGCGGCCGCACGAGUUCGAGAAGAUCAAAGUGUUCGUGUCGCGCGUGAUCGAGGCGCUGGACGUGGGGCCCAACGCCACCCGCGUGGGCAUCAUCAACUACGCCAGCGCCGUGCGCAGCGAGCUGUCCCUGCAGAGCCCCCAGAGCAAGGCGGCCCUGCUGCAGGCCGUGCGCCGCAUCCAGCCCCUCUCCACGGGCACCAUGACCGGCCUGGCCAUCCAGUUCGCCAUCAGCCGCGCCUUCAGCGCCGCCGAGGGCGGCAGGGCUGGCGCGCCCAACUUCAGAAAGGUGGCCAUCGUGGUGACCGACGGCCGGCCCCAGGACGGGGUGCAGGACGUGUCCGCCCGGGCCAGGGCCGCGGGCAUCGAGAUCUUCGCCAUCGGCGUGGGCAGGGUGGACAUGGGCACGCUGAGGCAGAUGGCCAGCGAGCCCCUGGACGAGCACGUGGACUACGUGGAGAGCUACAGCGUCAUCGAGAAGCUGACCCACAAGUUCCAGGAGGCUUUCUGUGUGGUGUCCGACCUGUGCGCCACGGGGGACCACGACUGCGAGCAGCUGUGCGUCAGCACGCCCGGGGCCUACAGGUGCGCCUGCAGGGACGGCUUCAGCCUCGCCAGCGACGGCAGGACCUGCGCCGCUUGCAAUGGUGGCCUGGGGUCUGCUCUGGAUCUCGUGUUCCUCAUCGACGGCUCCAAGAGUGUGAGGCCCGAGAACUUCGAGCUGGUGAAGAAAUUCAUCAACCAAAUCGUGGAUUCGCUGGAGGUGUCGGACAAACAGGCCCAGGUUGGGCUGGUGCAGUACUCCAGCUCUGUCCGGCAGGAGUUCCCCCUGGGGCAGUUCAAGAACAAGAAGGACAUCAAAGCAGCAGUGAGGAAGAUGUCCUACAUGGAGAAGGGGACCAUGACAGGCCAGGCUCUGAAGUACCUUGUUGACAGCUCCUUUUCUGCCAUCAACGGAGCCCGGCCCGGGGUCCCCAAGGUGGGGAUUGUCUUCACUGACGGGCGCUCACAGGAUUAUAUCUCAGACGCUGCCAAGAAAGCCAAGGACUCAGGAUUUCGGAUGUUCGCCGUGGGAGUCGGCAACGCCGUGGAGGACGAGCUGAGGGAGAUCGCCUCCGAGCCCGUGGCUGAGCAUUAUUUCUACAGCGCCGACUUCAGGACCAUCAGCAAGAUCGGGAAGAAGCUGCAGAUAAAGAUCUGUGCUGAGGAAGAUCCGUGCGAGUGCAAAUCCAUCGUGAAGUUCCAGACCAAAGUAGAGGACCUCAUCAAUUCCUUGCAGCAGAAACUGGAAGCUGUGGCCAAAAGGAUCGAAGCCCUGGAGAACAAGAUCAUCUAAAACCCCAUGCCAGCAGUUUUUUACCUCCUUCCCAAAGUAACAGAACCAGAACUGCUCCACUUUUCAGGGAGGGCAGCUCAGCCCCAGGGCUCUGGGCAGCUUUUAUUAAGGUCUAGGCUACCUGCAUUUGUUUAAAAGGAAGAAUUAUUACAGUAGAGCAGACUUUGUAUAAAGGGCAGAGCACAGAGUGUGACUGAGAGUUAGACCAGGCUCAAGUUCGUUGCAUCCUAUAGAGUGCAUAUAUUAAAAAAAAAAAACAAAAAAAACCAAAAAAGCAAAAAAGAAACUGGAAAGAUUUUUUUAUUCAAAGCUUAAUAUAUAUACAAAGUGUUAAUGAGUACUUGAUGAUGAGUUCUGUGAAUCCUCUGUUGCAGCUUUUGUUUGUAUGCAUGAGAUAAUUUAAUUUAAAAGUCGGAGUGACUUUGAAUCACUCUCAGCUGCUGGGUGUAAACCCAGAGCUGAGCUCCUGGCUGUUGUCAGUGCUUAGAUGAGGUUUAGUCCUGAUCCUGAGCGUGCUCUGCAGGCUGGGCCAGGCUGCUCCUGGCUGGCUUUAUCCUGAGCUGUGGAACAAAAACGGGAAAACUUUCCCGGCAGGGAAUGGGGGCUGUGUCCAGUGCCCUGGGCUGAGCCUGCUCUGGGUGACCCUGACAAGGUUCAGGGACCCUCUGUGGCCCUGAGUGCCACCAGGCAGGAGAUGUCCCCUGCUCUGGGUGAUCCUGACAAGGUUCAGGGACCCUCUGUGGCCCUGAGUGCCACCAGGCAGGAGAUGUCCCCUGCUCUGGGUGAUCCUGACAAGGUUCAGGGACCCUCUGUGGCCCUGAGUGCCACCAGGCAGGAGAUGUCCCCUGCUCUGGGUGAUCCUGACAAGGUUCAGGGACCCUCUGUGGCCCUGAGUGCCACCAGGCAGGAGAUGUCCCCUGCUCUGGGUGAUCCUGACAAGGUUCAGGGACCCUCUGUGGCCCUGAGUGCCACCAGGCAGGAGAUGUCCCCUGCUCUGGGUGAUCCUGACAAGGUUCAGGGACCCUCUGUGGCCCUGAGUGCCACCAGGCAGGAGAUGUCCCCUGCUCUGGGUGAUCCUGACAAGGUUCAGGGACCCUCUGUGGCCCUGAGUGCCACCAGGCAGGAGAUGUCCCCUGCUCUGGGUGACCCUGACAAGGUUCAGGUCCCCUCUGUGGCUCUGCCACCAGCCAGAUGUGCCCUGCUGUGUCCCCACACCCUCAGCUGGAGCUCCAGCCCGUGCCCACCCCAGAAAUGCUGCUGGAGCUGCCCUGGCAGCAGAGCCUGGAUCCGCCCUGGCUCCCCCCACGGCUCCUCCAGGUUCACCCUGCAGACUCCUGCUCCUGCACUCCCAGGAAUCUGGGCUGGGAGCACCUCAGGCUGCCUGUCCCUGCAGCUG